AUGUGCAGGAACUGUUUGACGGUGGAUGCCGUUUGUGCCCAGGCACCCUCCGCGGCGGUGGCUGGUGGACAGCAAAGGAUGAUGCAGCCACCAGGCAUGAUGCCAAUGCAGCACAGGCCCCCCAGCCGUCCGGGCUCCAUGACCAACUCGCCUUUUAAUCCACCUGCUCAUCGCUCUCCGCAGGUGGUGAUGCAGCAGAGGCCCAUGUCCAUGGGGCAGCCGCAUCGAUGA